AGCUGGUGGUCAACACACACGUCUGCAUGGAGGAGAUACACAAUGUUUUGAGGACAAUAGUGCCACCCGGCCUCAGACCUGCAGAUCUCCAACAGCACCUCAGCAGAACAACAACUCGCUGAGAUGUUCGACUGAAGACAACAAAAGGAACCUGAGAUGAAAGACAACAGACUAUAAUUGGACAAUGGAAAACACCAAGCAAUUAGAAGACAAACAAACCAAAAUGGAAACUAUUAAAAGACAAAGACAAUUAACAUGCCAAGUAAUGGAGGAGAUUGAACAACUAUUGGAAAAGGCGCAAACUGAUUGGAAUGAAAUCGACUACCUGAAGACAAAGACGGAGCAGCAACAGCAGGCCAUCGACACACUGACAGCUGAAAAACACGAGCAGUCCUUCUUGAUCAAAAGACUGAGAUCACAGAUGGAAAAUGUGAUCGAGAAACUCAAAGAGAAUAAAAACGAAGCCGCUCGAGAAAAACUUCAACUCCAGAAAACGCUGGCUGAAAUCUACCAAGAAAAGGAAACUCUGGAAAGAAGAUGUAACGAGAUCAUGAAUGAGCGACACAGGGUGGAAAUGAUCAAGUACGAUCAGUCAAAAUCACAAAGAAGAAAAGAACCCGUGGAGCAGGAGAUGAUGGAGAGGAUGCUGAGUCUAAUGAACCAAAAUAAGAAAAUAAUGCUCGAGGCAAAGAAGGCAAAAGAACAGAUGGAGAAAGACAUGGUGGACAUUAAGCAAGAGUUAAAGAGGAAUAAAAACAUCAUCACACAACACAGAGAUGAAAUUGAGCGCUUCAAAUGUAACAUGAAUGUAAAUGUUAACAAGAUGACGCAAAGGUGGACGGAAGCUCAAAUGCAGAAAGAAAGAGAGGAGGAUGGAAAAGACGCAUUUGACACUGUGAGGAUAAAAUUCAGAAGAUGUUGGGAGGAGGUGGAGAAACUUUGGGGUGCACUGGAAGACUGUGAACAACAAGACCUGAGGACAGGAGCUGACCCUCCGAAGCAAAGACAGGACAUGAAGGUAACGCAGGUGGAGGGCGAUACGCAAAGGCAAAAACAAGACAUAGAGAACAAGUUGGCACAGGUUCAGUCUGAAAGAGACACGAUAGAAAGAAUGAAAGCUGAAAUACAGACGCAGAGAGAAAACAUCAAGAGAGACGCCCAGUUAGUCAAAGCAGAAAUGGACACAUUGAAGUGUUUGAGGGAAAGUACCGAGAGGAAAAACCAGGAGCUGGAUGACAAGUUACAAAUGACAAGGAAAGAGAUAAGAGAGCUGGAAGUUCUAAAAUCAGAGACUGAAAUAAAGAAAAAAGAGCUGGAAAAAGUGAUAAGAAUGAGCCGGAGAAAGAAGGAAGAGCGUGAACAUGCGAAAGAAAACAUGGAGGUGAACGCUCAACAAAGUAACGAGGAAGACGGCGAAUUGAAGGGAGUGAUUCACGAAAUAGAAGGACUCAGAAAGAUGCUGCGAAGUGUGAGAGAAAACACAGAGCAGAGCAGGAGAGACAUGACAGAAGAAAAGAGCCAAAUCAAAUGGAUGAACUUUCAAGCAAAGAAGAAGAAAUGGGCGUUGGACCAACAGCUGGAGAAGAUCGUGAGAGAGAGGGAUGAGUUAGAAAUCGUGAAGAUCAAGAUACAACGACAAAGAGACAAGGUGCAGGAAAAGCUGGAAGAUGCAGUAACUGCAGUUCUGACUCUGGGUCAGAUGAAAGCUGAAAUAAAAAAAGCUGUAGCAGAGAUGAACGACACCCGGGAGGAAAUGCUCAAAGCCCAACGGGAGAUGGAGGAGGACAAGGGAACCGUCCAGAAACACAGGGAUCAGCUGACUUCCAUGAAAGCUCGUAUCAGCAGAUGGAUAUCAGCAGAAUCUGCAAUCAAAAAGACUUUUUCAGUGAAUACAUCUGAACUUCAAGAAUCACAGAGAGAUCAAACAUCAGAAAUCCUCACAGACAAAGAAGAAACAGAAGAUAAAAUUAGAAAAGAGGCCACGUCUCUGCAACAAUCUAUAACUUCAGAAGAGAGCAAACAGAGACAAGAACUCAGGUUCACUGCAGUGGAUAUUAAACAAGAGCAGAGUGUUUUCUUCCAUGAAGAAAUCCAUGAAGAAUUAGCCAUAAAUGAAAGUGAAAAGGUAGAAGUGGAAAACCAGAUAUCUGAGCUCAAGGAGAGAGAGGAGGCAAUAAGGGAGCAGUUAACGUAUGCAAUGAAGAACAUGGAGGACAAACAUGAAGAGAUUAAAAGACUCGUCAUGGAAAUAAUUGACCUGCAGAGCCAGAGACCAGAAACUGACACUGGGUUACUCAGGGAAACUGGAAAUGUGGAGGAAAGGGUGACUGGACUCCUGAAAGAAAUAGAACAGAAAUACAUUUUGAGGACCAACGUUCUGAAACAUGAAACAAUUAAAUAUGAAGUGCAAAAAGAAGAGAAUGGAGAUACGGUGAAACAAGAACAAACUGAUGAGUCUGACUUGAUGAGAUUGGAUGCUGAGAAACAAAAAGGUAAAGACAUACAGACACAAACUGAGAACAUGGAUGGAAGUUAUUCUAAAAAGGACACAGGAAGUGCUGAAAGACUUAAAGAAGAGAUUUAUAAAACACAAGAAAUCAUGAGAUCAGUGAAACUGGAACUCGAAUAUGAAGCUGAAGAACGUAACACCCACAAAGAUCAUCAGGAUGAAGGCGGUGAAGAAACUGAAGCAUUGCUCCAAGACAUGAAGCAAUUCCAAGAGCUUUUGAUGACGGUAAGCACUGCAAUGAGGCAAAGUGAAAUGCAUCUGAAGGAAGAAAUGGACAACGUGAAAUGGAUGAAAACUGCAGUGAAAAAACAGAGAAGAGAAGUGGAUCAAAGGUUGGAGAAAACCAUGCGAGAGAAAGACGAAUUAAAUCUAUUAAGAAUAAAAAUGCAGAGACAAACUGAGGAAAAGUGGGAGAAAAUGGCAGAAGUUAAGAGUACCAUGGAGAAAAUAGCAGCUGAAACUGGAAAGAAAAGUAAAGACAUGGAGAUUAUUAUGAAGGAGACCGACGUAAAACUGAGACAGUUAGAAGACCUGAACUAUACGACUGAGGCUCGAAAUCAAGAACUGGAAAACCGCUAUCUUUUAAUAUCUCAGGAAAGAGCCAACCUGGAAAAACUCAGGACUGAAAUGCAGCAAAAAAUGGAAAAUACUGAAAGUAAACAUGUUGGAAUGGAUGCAGAAAAGGACAAAAUAGCCACAAUCGGAAUGGGUGAAAAAAUGGGGCAAAUGGAAAAUGAAAUCGUCAGACUCAGAUCAGAAAAGGAGAAACUGGAGGAAUAUAAAAAACUGGCAAUGGACACUUUGGAUCAGAAAAACAGUGAAAUUGAAGAACUGAAAAAGGCAAUAACUGAGGAAGUGAAACAGAAAACCGAGCGGACCGAGACUGAGAUGCUGAAACAACAAAUACAAGUAGAGCAGGAGAACGUGAGAACGGCAAGACAACAAGUCGAGGCAGAAAUACACGAGAUGAACCGAUUAAGGGAGAGCAUCGAAAGACAGAAAUCAGAGCUGGAUGACAAAGUGCACACAACCAAAAGAGAAAUGAGAGAAAUGGAGCUGCUGAAGUCAGAGCUGGAAACAAAGAAAAAAGAAAGUGAACAGGUUUUUAGAAAGAGCAUGAGAAAAAAGGCAGAGAGUGAAAUGAUGUGGAACGAAAUGCAAAGAGAAAAGCAAUCACUGAGGAGAGAUACUAAAAAGAGAAGAAAAGAAUUAGACCAAAGACUGGAGAAAACCAUGAGACAGAGGGAUGAGUUAGAAAUACUGAGGAUAAAACUGCAUCGGCAAAAGGAAGAGCUGGCUAACGACAUCCAAGAAUACACGGAGAAAGCUGAAAUGGGGCACCAGGAUUCAAAAAUCACUAAUUCCAUAACUGAACUUGAAAACAUGAGACAAAAGAUACAAGUACAUUUGGAAAUAAUUAGAGGAGAAAUGGGAAUUCUCGAAAAUGUAAAUGUACAUUUAGAGAAACAAACAGAAAAUCUCAACACAUUAAAAGCUGAAAACAAGACAGUGAGAGACAACAUGAGCAAAAUUAAAUCACAGAUUACAAGACAAGCCCAAACAGAGAGAGAUGAAAUGAUCCAGAUGUGGGAUGAUAUCCAGAAACAAAAACAGGAGCUUGAAAUUCGACUAGAGAACAUAAAGAGAGAGAGAAGAGAGAUGGAAGUAUUGAAGUCUGAGUUAGAAAUCAAACAAAGAGAAACUCAACAGAUGAUCCGAAAGGGUAUUCGAAAAGAGCAGGAAGUUAAAGGAGAAAAAGUUUCCCUACGGAGGGAGACGGAGAAGCGAAAGAAAGAGCUCGACCAGCGACUGGAGAGGAUCAUCAGAGAGAGGGAUGAACUAGAGAUCAUGAAACUGAAGCUGCAAGGAGAAAAAGACAAGAGCAAAGUCGGAACGAAAGAGUCAGAGGUGUCGUCCAGCACAGAAACUCCAAGUCAAAUUCAAAAGCACUGGGAACGACUUCAGAUAUGUUUGGAGAAAUGUGAACUCAUUAAAAAGCACGGUGAAGAUUUGAAAGAAGAACUUAAAGAUGAAAAGCAGCUCAUGGACGCCCAGGUGAAAACGAUAAACCAAGCAAGAGAGGAGAUGGAACAUACCACAAUGGAGAUUAAAAAACAAAAGGAAAUGGUGACAUGUGCUUUAGAGAACAUGCGGCAAAAGCUAAAACAAGAGGAGGGAAUCGAGAUGACCAGGAAGUCGAUAAAGGAAGGAAAGGAAGGGAUCGUAGAUUUUGAGAAACCUGAAGAGUUAUUCGUGAGAGGAAAAGAGAUUCAAAAAGACGAGGCAAUGAUGCUGCAGCUAAAUAUUGUUGCUGAAAAUGAAGAUCUUGAAAAGCUGAAGGCAAAUCUACAACAAGAGAGAGAAGAUCUGGACAAAGAGAAACUGGACUUAGAGCUGAUGAGGUCGGAUAUCCAGAAUCAAACUCACAUGUUAGAAAUAGAUAAACAAAUUAUAAAAGAGGAAAGAGACAAACUGGACAUCAUGAAAGCUGAGCUACAAAAUCAGAAAGAACACUCAGAGAGUCUGUUUUCUGAGAUGAACAGAGAGAAAACCAUCACUGAGGAGCUGACCCUUCAGAUUAAGAGAGAAAGAGAUGAACUUCAAAACGUCAUGGACAUGAUUACCUUAAAACAAAAAGAACAAGAACUUAAAGAACGGGAAUUGGAAAGAUUAAAACGAGAACUUGAAAUCAGUAAGAGUAAUGUGCUGACAGAAAGAGAAGAACUAGAAGAAUUAAGGAAAGAUCUCAACAAGAAGAAAGAAGAGGUUGAAGCUGCAAUGAACAAGAUCAGUGGAGAUAGAGCACAACUUAUUAAAGUGGAGACUGAUGAUGAAAAGGAGAGAGAAAUGUUUUCGGAUGAAAUGGACAGGAUGAAGAAUGAAAGAUCUGAGCUGAAAAUCAGAGAAGAACAACUGAUGAAUCAAAUGAAAUCAAUGGAAACUCUGAGAGUAAAACUUCAACAGUUGAAACAACGAAUGAGUGAAGACAUGAAAAACAAAAUGGACAGUUUGCAACAAAACACUGAAGUUGUGCAAAAGCUGUGCACUGAAUCUGAACAAAAGCUCACAGAACUUGAUGAACAAAAAGAAAACAUUGCUGGUUGCAGAGAGGUGUUGGAGAGAGAAAGGGAAGGUCUGAAAUGUAUACUGUCAGACAUGGCCACCAAGAGAGAAGACAUGGAAAAUCAAUUGAAGAAGAAGUUUGAGUUGGAAAAACAAGAUCUUGAAAAUCUGAAGGCAGAACUGAAGCAAGAGAGAGAGGAUCUGGAUAGAGUGAAUGAGAUGAUGAACAAAGAAAAGAUGGACUUGGAGCUGAUGAGGUCUGACAUCCAGAAACAAACUCACAUAUUAGAAGAAGAUAAACAAGUUAUACAAGAAGAAAGAGACAGGAUUGAUGUCACGAAGGCUGAGCUACAAAAACAGAAAGAACAUGUAGACAGUCUGUUAUCUGAGAUAAACCGAGAGAAAACCAACAUUGAGGAGAUGAGUCUUCAGGUAAAGCGAGAAAGAGAUGAACUUGGAGAUGUCAUGAACAUGAUUACCUUAAAACAAAAAGAACAAGAACUGAAGGAAGAGGAACUGGAAAGACUCAAACAAGAACUGGAAACCGGUAAGAGUAAUGUGCUCACAGAAAGAGAAGAACUAGAAAUUUCUAUGAAAGAUCUCAACAAGAAGAAACAAGAACUUGAAGCUGCCAUGAACAUGAUCACUGGAGAGAGAGAACAACUCAUUAAAAUGAAGACUGAUGAUGAAAUAGAGAGAAAAAUGCUUUCGGAUGAAAGAGACAGAAUGGAAGAUGAAAGAUCUGAGCUGAAGAUCAGAGAAGAACAACUCAUGAGUCAAAUGAAAUCAAUGGAAACUCUGAGAGUAAAACUUCAACAGUUGAAACAACGAAUGAGUGAAGACAUGAAAAACAAAAUGGACAGUUUGCAACAAAACACUGAAGUUGUGCAAAAGCUGUGCACUGAAUCUGAACAAAAGCUCACAGAACUUGAUGAACAAAAAGAAAACAUUGCUGGUUGCAGAGAGGUGUUGGAGAGAGAAAGGGAAGGUCUAAAAUGUAUACUGUCAGACAUGGCCACCAAGAGAGAAGACAUGGAAAAUCAACUGAAGAAGAAGUUUGAGUUGGAAAAACAAGAUCUUGAAAGACUGGAGGCAGAACUGAAGCAAGAGAGAGAGGAUCUGGAUAGAGUGAAUGAGAUGAUGAACAAAGAAAAGAUGGACUUGGAGCUGAUGAGGUCUGACAUCCAGAAACAAACUCACAUAUUAGAACAAGAUAAACAAGUUAUAAAAGAAGAAAGAGACAGGUUUGAUGUCAUGAAGACUGAUCUACAAAAACAGAAAGAACAUGUAGACAGUCUGUUAUCUGAGCUAAACUUGGAGAAAACCAACAUUGAGGAUCUGAGUCUUCAGGUAAAGCAAGAAAGAGAUGAACUUGGAGAUGUCAUGAACAUGAUUACCUUAAAACAAAAAGAACAAAAACUGAAGGAAGAGGAACUGGAAAGACUCAAACAAGAACUGGAAACCAGUAAGAGUAAUGUGCUCACAGAAAGAGAAGAACUAGAAGAAUUAAGGAAGGAUCUCAACAGGAAGAAAGAAGAGGUUGAAUCUGCCAUGGUCAGAAUUAAAGAUGAAAUGUCUGACCUGUUAUUGAGAGAAGAACAACUCAACAAUCAAAUGAAAGCAAUAGAAACUCUGAGAGUAAAACUUCAAAAACUAAAUGAACAAAUGAGUGAAGACAUGAAAAACAAAAUGGACAGUUUGCAACAAAACAUUGAAGUUGUACAAAAGCUGUGCACUGAAUCUGAACAAAAGCUCACAGAACUUGAUGAACAAAAAGAAAACAUUGCUGGUUGCAGAGAGGUGUUGGAGAGAGAAAGGGAAGGUCUGAAAUGUAUACUGUCAGACAUGGCCACCAAGAGAGAAGACAUGGAAAAUCAAUUGAAGAAGAAGUUUGAGUUGGAAAAACAAGAUCUUGAAAAUCUGAAGGCAGAACUGAAGCAAGAGAGAGAGGAUCUGGAUAGAGUGAAUGAGAUGAUGAACAAAGAAAAGAUGGACUUGGAGCUGAUGAGGUCUGACAUCCAGAAACAAACUCACAUGUUAGAAGAAGAUAAGCAAGUUAUAAAAGAAGAAAGAGACAAGUUGGACAUCACAAAGACUGAUCUAGAAAAGCAAAAGGAACAUGUAGACAGUCUGUUAUCUGAGUUAAACAGAGAGAAAACCAACAUUGGGGAGCUGAACCUUCAGGUAAAGCGAGAAAGAGAUGAACUUGGAGAUGUCAUGAACAUGAUUACCUUAAAACAAAAAGAACAAGAACUGAAGGAAGAGGAACUGGAAAGACUCAAACAAGAACUGGAAACCAGUAAGAGUAAUGUGCUCACAGAAAGAGAAGAACUGGAAGAAUUAAGGAAGGAUCUCAACAAGAAGAAAGAAGAGGUUGAAGCUUCCAUGGUCAGAAUUAAAGAUGAAAUGUCUGACCUGUUGUUGAGAGAAGAACAACUCAACAAUCAAAUGAAAUCAAUGGAAAAUCUGAAAGUAAAACUUCGACAAUUCAAUGAACAGAUGAGCAAAGACAUGAAAAACAAAAUGGACAGUUUGCAACAAAACACUGAAGUUGUGCAAAAGCUGUGCACUGAAUCUGAACAAAAGCUCACAGAACUUGAUGAACAAAAAGAAAACAUUGCUGGUUGCAGAGAGGUGUUGGAGAGAGAAAGGGAAGGUCUGAAAUGUAUACUGUCAGACAUGGCCACCAAGAGAGAAGACAUGGAAAAUCAAUUGAAGAAGAAGUUUGAGUUGGAAAAACAAGAUCUUGAAAAUCUGAAGGCAGAACUAAAGCAAGAGAGAGAGGAUCUGGAUAGAGUGAAUGAGAUGAUGAACAAAGAAAAGAUAGACUUGGAGCUGAUGAGGUCUGACAUCCAGAAACAAACCCACAUGUUAGAACGAGAAAGACAAGUUAUACAAGAAGAAAGAGACAGGUUGGAUAUCAUGAAGGCUGAGCUAAAUAGAGAGAAAACCAACAUUGAGGAGCUGACCCUUCAGAUUAAAGGAGAAAGAGAUGAAGUUGGAGAUGUCCUGAACAUGAUUACCUUAAAACAAAAAGAACAAGAACUGAAAGAAGAGGAACUGGAAAGACUCAAACAAGAACUGGAAAUCAGUAAGAGUAAUGUGCUAACAGAAAAAGAAGAACUAGAAGAAUUAAGGAAGGAUCUCAACAAGAAGAAAGAAGAGAUUAUGGCUUCCAUGAACAACAUCAGUGGAGAGAGAGAACAACUCAUUAAAAUGAAGACUGACAAUGAAAAAGAGAGAGAAAGGAUUUUGGACGUAAAGGACAGAAUGGAAGAUGAAAGGUCUGAGAUGAAGAUCAGAGAAGAACAACUUGUGAAUCAAAAGAAAUCAAUAGAAACUCUGAGAGUAAAACUUCAACAAGUCAAUGAAUGGAUGAGUGAAGACAUGAAAAACAAAAUGGACAGUUUGCAACAAAACACUGAAGUUGUGCAAAAGCUGUGCACUGAAUCUGAACAAAAGCUCACAGAACUUGAUGAACAAAAAGAAAACAUUGCUGGUUGCAGAGAGGUGUUGGAGAGAGAAAGGGAAGGUCUGAAAUGUAUACUGUCAGACAUGGCCACCAAGAGAGAAGACAUGGAAAAUCAAUUGAAGAAGAAGUUUGAGUUGGAAAAACAAGAUCUUGAAAAUCUGAAGGCAGAACUGAAGCAAGAGAGAGAGGAUCUGGAUAGAGUGAAUGAGAUGAUGAACAGAGAAAAGAUGGACUUGGAGCUGAUGAGGUCUGACAUCCAGAAACAAACUCACAUGUUAGAACAAGGGCAAGAUCUCACAGAGGAAAAGUUGGAGAUCACAAUAAGCGAUAAACAGGAACAGCCUGAUUGCACUGUUGAUGAAACGAAUCAAGAAAAAGAACAACUGUAUCAAACGGAGACAAAUAUUGAAAAGACGAGCGUGGAACGAGAACUGUAUGAGCUCAAGCACAGAGUCGAGCAGCUCACCAGUGUCAUUAACUCAAUGGGACAUCUGAGAGUUAAACUCAAACAGCUGAGUCAAAGGGCACAUGGUGACUUUAGAGAAAACAUGGACAUACUAGAGCAGAAAAAAGGAGAUAUACUCCAAAUGAAAUCAAUCAUGGAACUCAAGUGUGAUGAUCUUGUCGAACAGGCAAGAAGAAUCACUGGUCUCUAUCACCUGAUUCAAGAAGAGAAGAAAGUUAUGGAGACACUGAAGUUUGACAAGGAGGCACAGACAGAAGUAGUGGAGUUUGAAGGUGACAGAUAUAUCCGACAGACACAUGUCUCGACCCAGACACUUGAACAUCAGUGGAAGUUGGAGGAAGAUAAAUAUCCAACACGAGACGACGUCACGGACGGGAAAACGUCAAGAAGAGAUUAUUUGCGAAACAUGUGGAAGGACACUCAAACAGAACGGAAGGAGAUCGAUCAGAUGAAGCGCAGAGGUCAUGAAGUGAGAAACAAUAUGGAGAAAAGAUUACAGGUGAUCAAUCAGUUUGUCAGGAGAACAUUGUUACAGAAAGAACCAAAAGAACCAUCUGAGAAGACAAACCUGGAUCAAGGACUGAGUAAAGACACGACAUGUCACACUGACUGCAAGAUAGACCACAAUGCACUGGAUGAAAAAUACGCAGAGCUCGAGCAGCUUAAAGUUCGGAUGCUUAGUGAGAUUGACAAACUCCAAGUCAGAGAAAAAGUGUCUGCGAGGACAACUAGCGACAAAGGUAAUCAAACAUUCCAGGUGGAUGUCACCACAGGAGGCGCAACAGAACAAGCUUCUUCCACGAUGCAUCGAGAAGCUGACGAAGCUCCAGAGACAAGCAGUGGACUCCUCUGUCAGCUCCGGCACUACUGCUACCGGUGCUGCUGCCCCUGCUGCUCCUGCUGUCAGCAAGCCUGCCCGGAGGAGGCGUGAGAUGACUGAGAUGAUGACAUGUCUACGUCAGGGUCUGGAGUCGACACCAGACCAGAGCACGCCUGGCAAGAAAGGCCACUGCACCACCAUGCUACUAUAUGUAACUAUAUGAACUAUAUGUAAAACAGAAAUAAACCAAUUUAUAAGAAUCGCAUGAAAAAUAAAAAUAAAAACUAACAAAAAGUAAUACAGUCAUUUAAAAUGUCUGGAGAUGAUAGUGCCAAAUGUGUGAGGUGUGUGUGUUUCGAUUUGCUGACCAUUGCAGCAUAUUUUAUUUUUGCAUAAUAUUUAAUAGUGUACCUGAAGUGUGUUGAAUGACGAUGAUCGAUUAAACAUCAGUUCUUCAUGUUGCAAUAAUAAACAUAAUCUAUUAAACUUUCACAUAAUUGCAGAGAAUAAACAUUUUUCAUGUUUAAAAUAUUCAUUCAUUUAUGUUCUAUGUUGCAUUUUUGUUAAGAAAACUAAACAAAAUAUUCACAAAUGUCAAAAAAAUAAUUUGUAUUAUUCCUGUAUUCUUUUACUUGUAUUACAAUCUCCUUAUUAACAUUAAUGUAACUCAUAUCAUAUAUUAGAGUCGUCUGCUGUGCUCUUGCAUUGUAUUCUUUAAUAUUCCAAUAAAUGAUCAUCAGUUGUUUACAGGAGGAAAUCAUGUGUCGUGUGUGUGUGAAAUCAUCUCACUGAUGAAGAUAUGUGAUUGGAUAUUUGGAUACACACAAUCCUUGUUCAUCGAUACAUUCGUUGUUUGGGCGUGGGAUAAAAAUAUAAUAAUAAAUAUAAACACAGCCUUUAC